CAAGUCCGCAGCCCUAUGUUUAAAGCGCCUUAUUUUGCAGUGCGUCUCUUUUUCGAGCUUCUUCCAACUUCUGGUGAAGAACUCCAAUUUCUCAACAAUCUGCUCCGGCUUCCAACUUUUAGAGCGCAUUGAAUGGCAAUCAUAUCUUGUGGAAGUACACGGGUGACCUCGUUGGGAGUUCAGCCUCAGUUCACACUGCGAUCCUCUAUUACAAAUAAACUUUCGACUUCUCUACCAUGUACACCUAGCAGGAUUACGACACUGGCAUCCCAAAGUUCGACAUUUUUCUCAGAACAAUCAUUGAAUGCACUUUUCAGCUCAGUGUCGUACAUUAGUCCUUCCCACAAGAGAGGAGCUCGUCUUGUUGUUCGAGCUGACAAGGAUUACUAUUCCGUGCUUGGUGUGUCUAAAAAUGCGAGCAAGGCAGAUAUCAAAAGUUCAUAUCGAAAGCUUGCCAGGACUAACCAUCCAGAUGUAAACAAGGAGCCUGGAGCAGAACAAAAGUUCAAGGAUAUUAGUAACGCAUACGAGGUUUUAUCAGAUGACGAAAAACGUUCCGUUUAUGACAGGUAUGGCGAAGCUGGGCUCAAAGGUUCUAGCAUGGGUGGAGGGGAUUACACAAACCCAUUCGAUAUAUUCGACUCAUUAUUCGACAACCUAAACACCGGUGGAAGAGGGUCCCGCAAUCGAGCCACAGAAGGCGAAGACCAGCUCCACAACCUAGUUCUCAAUUUCAAAGAUGCCAUAUUCGGUAUCGAGAAAGAGAUCGAAAUAACCCGUCUCGAAAGCUGCAACACAUGCAAAGGAUCAGGGGCAAAACCGGAAACGAGGUCUUCAAAAUGCAGCACAUGCGGAGGCCAAGGGCAAGUCAUUACAUCCGCGCGGACCCCACUAGGCGUGUUCCAACAAGUGAUGACGUGCCCCAAUUGCAAUGGAGCAGGAGAAAUAUCCACCCCUUGCAGUACGUGCAGAGGGGAGGGAAGGGUAAAAAAGUCAAAACGCAUCAGCUUGAAAGUUCCGGCUGGAGUAGAUUCCGGAAGCAGGUUGAGGGUCCGUUCGGAAGGGAAUGCCGGAAGGAGAGGGGGCCCGCCUGGAGAUCUCUUUGUAAUGAUUGAGGUUCUUUCGGAUUCUGUUCUGAAAAGGGACGACACAAACAUUCUCUACACUUGCAAGCUUUCUUACAUAGAUGCUAUUUUGGGAACUACGAUGAAGGUUCCGACUGUGGAUGGGAUUGUUGACCUGAAGAUUCCUUGUGGGACCCAACCUGGAACAACCUUAGUUAUGGCGAAAAAGGGUGUCCCGUUUUUGAACAAGAGCAAUAGGAGGGGUGAUCAGUUGGUCAAAGUGCAAGUUGAGAUUCCGAAACGGUUAAGCGUCGAGGAAAAGAAGCUCAUUGAAGAACUUUCUGAGCUCAACAAGGCAAAGGCUACUGCAAGUAGGAGAUGAUAGUAAGUCCCCUUACCUAUAUUAUUUGCAUUUCCGAUUUCUCUCCGUAGUUUAGCAAAUGAUGUGUCUGUUAAAUCAUAGCCAUUAAAAUUCACAUCGAAAUUUUGGGGUUUAUUAUUAUUAUUUAUUAUUCUUUAAACACGGUGAGGAAUAUUAGUGAGAUAAAUUUCUUGAUUGCGAAACAUUUGUAGUAUCACUUGUAAAUGGCAGAUGAUGCUUGAUAAAUUGACAUGAUCUUGAGAAAUUAUCUU